ACACGACCUGCUUUCAACCGUCAUGGAGUCGGACCCAAGCAACCCGCCCGAUCCCGGACCCGGACGCAGGAUAUUCUCCAGGAUAUCUGGUUUCGUGUGGAAGCACGGGACAUUUUACAGACUCCACCUGACUGCUUUUACCCUGAUACCCCUUGUGUUUGCCGGGAUCUUCUACGCCAGUAAUGGACAGUACCGGAUAUCGUUUUUGGACUCGCUUUUUAUGUGCUAUUCUGCUAUGACUGUUACAGGUAGCGUGGAAUUCGUGACUCGCUACUAUCAAUUUAUCUAUGAUCACUGCUUGGCAGCAGGUAAUACUGUAUCUCUUAAUGCUCAUUGGGGACAUCACCGUCGUCUCUUGGGUUUAUCUGCACACAGAUGGUACUUCCAGAACGUCUGCGAAUACGUCGACUACCAGCGGCGCACCUCGCGUCUUCGCAAGACCAUGGUGCGCUCCAGGUCCGCGGUGAAGCAAAACAUCUCGGCGCCGGUCGCGGUGUUCAAGCAAGCUGAUGAGGUGCCCGCGCGCAUGGAGGCGCGCGAUGCCGAGAAGGCCGAAUCGGACCGCGGACACGAUGACGAUGCCGGGGACCGGGCAGUGUCGGACGCACGGACCUUUACGUCCUCGCCGCGGCCCGCCACUAUUUUGUUGCCUCCUGUUGAUUCACCGGGGACGUAUCACUCGUCUAGCCCGCCCACCGGUGUGGGAUUUGGCUAUUCGACCAGCGUCCAGCCGCACAUGGUCCGGCUGGAGACUAUCCGCGAGGGCGUCGUGUUCCCCCGGCGCACGGCGACGAUCUACAGCGCGCACCACGCCGUCGCGCCGGAGAACCGGAAAUUCCAGGGCAGCGGGGGGUUCCCGGGGCCCGUCACGGUGAUGCGCCGGCUGUUCAAGCGCGGCGCGCCGACGGCGUUCCGGAAGUUCGAGCGCACCGUCACGCUGCCGUAUACAUCGACGCUCGAGGCGAAGAAGGUGCCGUGGCUGAGUUUCGACGGGCUGGUCGUCGGGCGCAACUCGGCGUUCCGGACCGAGACGCUGAAUGACGACCAGCUGGAGUCGAUUGGGGGUGUUGAGUACAGGGCGCUGAGGCUGUUGAGCUACCUAAUUCCUUGCUAUUUCGUCGGGACGCAACUGUUCUCGUUCCUCCUCUUCGCGCCGUGGCUGUCAGUGACCCACGGCUACGACUCGGUAUUUACGAAUCAGUACCGCCCGGUCAAAAAGCCCUGGUUCUCUUUGUUUUUGGUCCUUGCGGCAUAUUCCGGGGGCGGGCUGUCUUUGGUCGAUUUGGGAAUGCUGCCGUUUCAGUCUGCGUAUUUGAUGAUCUUUGCGCUAAGUUUCGUGAUCUUGGCUGGAAAUCAUGCUUUGGUGUCCCAUAUUGUGAGGUUCAAUAUGCAUGUAAACCUGAUUCUCUUUCUGACCGUGAUCAUGCGCAGCCUCAGACUCGUGAUUGUGAUCGAGUGGAUCUCGUUUGAGGCGUUGGAUCAUGGCCUCGACUUUUACAAGCAGAUGGGGACAGGCGCGAAGGUCGUUGACGGACUCUUCCAGGGGCUUGCCGCGCGUGCUUCUGGAUUCUCGAUUCGUGUUUUGAAUCUGCGCAUCGACCAGAUUUUUGUGUAUCCUGUUGCGAUGACGAUUCGGUCUACGAAUGUUUAUGAAACGGAGUCGCUGGGUAUAUUCGAGGAGCCACCCGACGAUGCAGACGAAGAGCCCAUGGACCUGGAUAAGCUGCAACCUCGAGAACGGAUCGGGAGGUAUCUGUGGUGGCACAUCGAUCGACAGUUGUCCAUAGAUAUCUGGUGGAUGGUCUGGGGAGUGUUCCUCGUGGCUAUCAUCGAGCGAGACAAUCUUCUAGACGAGAACAAAAAGUGGUUCGAUCUGUUCCGGAUUCUGUUCGAACUCGUGAGCGCGUUUGGUGGGAUUGGCUUGAGCCUUGGAUUUCCUUCGGUCUGCUCUCGUUAUCAAAAUGAUUUUCUGAAGGCUGACCUUUUCGACCGCAUAGGACAACUAUUCGGUGCAGAUGAUCUCGUUUUUUCUGCUGGUUGUCCGCUAAUGAUGUAUGUCGUUUGCAGUUUUCCGGAGCGUGCCGCCCUCUCUCCAAGCUCGUCAUCAUGGUCAUCAUGUGCGGUCCGCGGCCGGCACCGAGGUCUCCCAGUCGGCAUCGAGCGCGCCGUCACUCUGCCGCGCGAGCUGAACACCGACCGCACCAACGCGCCCGACCAGGAUGCGAAUACCAACGGUGCUACUGCUGCGGAACCGGUCGCGGCGUGAUCGCUGUGUUAUGAAAACUUUGCUUUCGCUUCGCAAGUGUAAUAUAUAGCAUUCAUUGAACAUCCAAGCAUUGUUUGUCGUCGUCUCUGGAAUCUUGGUCUGUGGGUGAGUAGAGCGCCGUCUGAAGGGCAGUGGAACUCCGACGCAGGCCGGUACAGAUCCUGUAUGCUCGGAUUCACAUGCUGAUGCGAGAUGCAGCGGGGAUCACUCGGGCCAGAGAUCGGCUGUCUUGUCUACGAGAGAGACCUGUGAUGAUAGAGAUCUACCUGUGACGUCG